AGGAUGAGAAGUGAAGCCAAAUGGGAAUCCGCAAGAACCCAAGCGUCUGCGCAUGCGUACUCAAUUUCAAAUACUACUGAAAUGCUCGGUAAAAAAAAAACAAAAACAACUCAUUUACUCUGGAAAUUCAAUAAGAGAGAACAAAUUCAUUCAGAGGAGGGAACCUGGUUUGCGUAUUUAGUUUAAAGAUAGCUCUGACCUACUUGUGGAUGUUGACGGUGGUUCAGACGAACCCGGCAGGAGCAGGGAGGGAGUCCUCUCGGCCCGGUGAUGACCCACAUCAGCAGCUCCAGCUUCUUCCAGAAGUUUCCCCGCAGGGUUUCCAGUGCGGCUCCCACGCUCAGACGCCCUCAGACGAACACGUUGCUUCACGCUGCGCCGCUACACUGAAGGGACAUUUUUUUUUAUUUCCUCUUCUCGUCUUGGUGCAGAGCAUAAAGUUGUCCACGGACUGUGACAGCUGAGGACGGACAACCUUGACAGCUAGCUAACCCGGCCGGCUAGUGUCCACAGCGGUGACAGCUGCGGCGGCGGCGGCGGCGGCGGCGGGGACCGUUAACCUGAACCGCAGCGGACGCAGUACAUGCUGGAUGCGUUGCUGAACAGAACCCGAAGCCGCUGACAAUGUUUUUAUGAAGUGGGGGGAGAACUGACCGGUCAUUGUAAUGGGUAAAGAUUACUACAAAGUGCUGGGUAUAGCUAAAGGUGCCUCCGAGGAGGAGAUAAAGAAGGCGUACAGAAAGCAGGCCCUGCGCUAUCACCCGGACAAGAACAAGGCUGCCGGAGCGGAAGACAAAUUCAAGGAGAUCGCUGAAGCCUACGAUGUCCUCAGCGAUGCCAAGAAGAAGGACAUCUACGAUCGCUUUGGUGAAGAAGGAUUAAAGGGUUCAUCUGAUGGAGGAGGUGGAGGACACAGCGGUACAAGCUACAACUACACCUUCCACGGGGACCCCCACGCAAUGUUUGCGGAGUUCUUCGGUGGCCGCAGCCCAUUCGAUCAUUUCUUCACGCAGAAUGGGGAGGACGAUAUGGAUAUCAACGACCCAUUCACAGCGUUUGGUAUGGGAGGAAUGGGUGGCAUGGGUGGGUUUCACAGGUCCUUUAAGUCCCACCCAGGAGGCCCUCAUAGAGCACACGAGAAAAAGAAGGACCCACCUGUGGUGCACGAGCUGAAGGUGAGCCUGGAAGAGGUCUUCUCAGGCUGCACAAAAAAGAUGAAGAUCUCUCGCAAGAGACUGAAUCCCGACGGCUACACCAUGCGCAGCGAAGACAAGAUUUUAACAGUCGACAUCAAACGUGGCUGGAAGGAGGGGACUAAGAUCACCUUUCCCAGGGAGGGUGAUGAAACUCCCACCAACAUUCCUGCAGAUGUGGUGUUUGUGGUCAAGGACAAACCACACCCGCUUUUCAGAAGAGAGGGUUCCGAUAUAGUGUAUCCAGCAAAAAUAUCACUUAGAGAGGCGUUGUGUGGAUGCACAGUCAGUGCUCCCACGCUGGACGGCCGGACCAUCACUGUGACCUCCAGAGACGUUGUCAAACCUGGAAUGAAAAAGCGCAUUACUGGAGAAGGGCUGCCGCUGUCCAAGUUCCCUGAGAAGAGAGGUGACAUGAUUUUGGACUUCACUGUUAAAUUUCCUGACAAACUGGGCCAAAGCACACGCGAUGCACUCAAGCAGAUUCUUCCCCCGUGACUCCAAAGGACUGAAGUUUGCCUCAAAGCCUGACCAGUUAACAUUUCCAGUGACGCUCUUCUUUGUGCCGUCACAUUUUGGCCUGGACAAUAAGGGGCACAUAUGGUUCCAGCUGAGUGUAAGUUUCAUGUCUGACCACAAAAACCAUAUACUUACCCAGUAUCCAGUCAGUUUAAUGAGUGUCCAGGAAAAGUUUGCUGUGUUCAAAGAACGCAGUCAAACCACAGAAACAAAGGGGUUCAUAAAAGUUCAUUGAAUUGCACCACUUGGAAAUUAAAUUAGGUAACUGAGGAUUCGGAUUCACCGCAGACUUUUGUGAGUGUGCUUUAAGGUAACACGCAGCCAGCUGCUUAACUAUACCUCAGGAGGACUGACGCAUGCUAGAAUGUAGCCAGAACUACGAUACUCAACAGGACAUGGUGUUGGUUGGCGUUAGAUUAAAUCGAGGCUUAAAAAUACUGUGUGGAUCCUAAGUAUCGGCACCAAUACUGACCUUUAUUAAGAUUAUCAGCAUUAAAUAGAGUUUUCAUUUUCAGUGUUGUACAUUUACACUCAUUUUUUUGUGUCUCAUAUUCCUGGAAAAAAAAAACUUAGUGUUCUGAAGGCUGAAAAUAGUGCCGAUGUAUGGACAUCUCCUGUUAUGAUUAGAAGUGAAGAUUCAGUGAUGUACGGCUACAUAUGAAUGAUCCCAGAUAGUUCCAUGCUGCAAGAUCCAUUCAUACAUGAAAUUGUUGAGACUGGUUGAGAGGUGGUACAUAGAUUAUAAAUGCAGGAAACAGAAAGCACUUCUAUCAGAUUGUUACUCUGCACUGGCAGAAACUGGACUGACGGAUCUGUAGUUUUAAAUAUUGCACAUGUUGCAAAAUGUUUACGACAAGAGUGCACACAUAUUUAAAAUAUUUAUAGGAAGAAUUCAUGUGCCAAACUAUUGUCCCUGUGUAAUUAUAAUAUGUAUGUAUGUGUCUCGAAGUAUGUCGAAGGCACGUGUGUAACCUGUCGUGUGAUCGACUGAAAUCUUAGACUUAAUUUCUACCCUGUUAAGAUGAACAAAGCAUUAAUGAUAUUUUAUAAGAAUAUCAUAUGUAUUUAUGUUUUAGUUGCUCCUCAUCUGUUAUAACUCUGUCUGUUUGACUUCUUAUUGAAUCAAAAGCCAGUGUGUUUGUUGUUUUUGUUUAGCAAGCAUAAAAGAAACCUGAUGCAUCAGGUUAAAUCUUACAGACGAGGUUGUGAAAAAAAAAGGUUUAAGCCCCGGAUUUAAAGGCCUGCAGAAUCACAUUUGGUUUGAUCAUUCUGUCUUAUAAUACCAUGACUUCUCUUAUACCUCACAGCAUUCACUCCAAAAUACAAAUGUAUCUGGACGUAUGUGUUUUUACAGUACAGCAGCAAUCUGUGGUGAUGAUGGAGGUGAGUAAAUCAGUUGAUUAAUUUUGCACUUUCAAAAUAAUUUUAGUGUAGAUGUGACUGUCAUAGGAGGAAAAAAACUCCACGACAGUCGUUAUUUGCCGCUUCAUGUAGCCUCAGCUGAGGUUUUAAGUUUCUGGCACAAACAUGUGGUUUAACAUGAAUGUAGAGAUGUGUAAUCUCUGUAAUUUUUUAUUUUAAUUAUUUUUUUGUUUCCCUAAAGGGUGUUUGCUUUUUUUUUUUCCUUUCUAAGGGAAAAAUGUAAAAAGCGGUGUUUUCUUUACCUCUUGUUUAUGUUUUGAAAUUCCUCAGGUUGGGAUCCAAAAUGCUUUGACUUUUAACAACAAAGCUUUUAUGAGUAGAUAGUAGCAUGGAAAUUUUUAAUAGUCCUUUCCUAUGCUGUGAUGAUUUGCAUUUCCACAUUAAAGAGACUGGCAAACAAAACAAAAAAAAAA